AUAAGGGCCUGGCUUUUCGUAGAGGGGGUGGGGUUGAACUGUAGCAAGACACCUCACUAGUUAGAGUUUAAUUUCCUCUGUGGUCAAAAGGGUAAAAUGAAAACCUUUCCUUCCGCAUAAUGCUGGUCAAUAAGAUAAUUCAGGAGCACUUUACAGAGUAAAGUAUUCUCCCAUCUCCUUAGUACGACUUCUGUUGUUAUGCACGGACUCCCUCUACUUAAACCAUUUGAGGAGUUUUCACAUUCCUACGAGGCAAUUCAAGGCUGGAGAUUCCUAUGCAAAGUCCUUUGAAAAUGGGAUCCUGCUGGGAUGCAAGGGGUUAAAAGGAAAUGGCCUAUUAGGGUCUGGCUAAUCGGAGAAGUCCAGGAUUUCAAAAGUAUCUAGAACAACACUAAAAGAUCAGAGGCCAAGGAAUUCGGACGAUUAACCCGACGAAGGCCAGUAGGAUCCUGGAGUAAUUGUAGGGCAGAACCUAGAACGGGGAAUCAGCAUCCCGCGUUACACUGGACCCAGGCCUUGGCGGAGUGCACAGAAUACAACUCCGGGGCUCGUUGGACCAGCAACCCAGGAUACCCAGGUAAGGCGUGUCCUCACUGCGCCGUUAGUUGCCCGCUCGAAGUGAGGCACUGCCCACGGCGGAGUUCCUAUCCUGAGGAUCAAGCUGGAGGAAUGAACUGUCCGGGAGGCGAAGGCUGCGCCCACCCAGGGCCCAGACUCCACGCGCCUGGGUAGUUCCUACAAGCGCCGCGCCACUGCCCCGUCCGGGAGCGCGCGGACCCCACCGCGGAAAGUUGGACGCCCGCGCCUCCGCCCCCGCGCUCCGGACGCCCCCUCCUACCACAGCUCCACGUGCAGCGCACCCCCGGCUCCCAGACCUCGGCGGGACGCCCCCGCCCCCACCGCGGCGCGCAGUGCGCAGGCGCCUCCCUGUGGCUCUGGGCGGCGGGAGCGGCUUUGGCCGCGGCCGGAGACUGAAGCGAAGGCGGCGGUGGAGGAGGAGGAGAGAUGACGGUGGCGGCGAAGGCGAUGGCGACGCGGGGCACAUGAGGCGGCGGCCGGCGGGACGGGCCGAGGCCCGGUGGAGGAGGCGGUUCCGGGGGACCCCGCCGGCAGAGGGAAUCUGGAAAACUUGUAAGCAAAACAUCAUUUCUCUUAGAAAAUUUUGGAUAACAGAAAUUCUGGAUAACAGUAUUUUUUCAUUUUUAUCAGGGUGAACCAGUUCAGUCACCAUGAGUUGGAGCUUCCUCACUCGCCUGCUAGAGGAGAUCCACAACCACUCCACGUUCGUGGGGAAGAUCUGGCUCACUGUAUUGAUCGUCUUCCGGAUUGUCCUUACAGCUGUAGGAGGAGAGUCCAUCUAUUACGACGAGCAAAGCAAAUUUGUGUGCAACACAGAGCAGCCAGGCUGCGAGAACGUCUGCUAUGAUGCCUUUGCACCCCUCUCCCACGUGCGCUUCUGGGUGUUCCAGAUCAUCCUGGUGGCCACCCCCUCAGUGAUGUACCUGGGCUACGCCAUUCAUAAGAUUGCCAAAAUGGAGCACGGUGAAGCAGACAAGAAGGCCGCUCGGAGCAAACCCUAUGCAAUGCGUUGGAAACAGCACCGGGCCCUGGAAGAAACAGAAGAGGACCAUGAAGAGGAUCCCAUGAUGUAUCCAGAAAUGGAAUUAGAAAGUGAAAAAGAAAAUAAAGAUCAGAACCAAUCUAAACCUAAGCAUGAUGGCCGACACCGGAUUCAGGAGGACGGGCUCAUGAAAAUCUACGUGCUGCAGCUGCUGGCAAGGACCGUGUUUGAGGUGGGCUUUCUGAUAGGGCAGUACUUCCUGUAUGGCUUCCAAGUCCACCCAUUUUAUGUGUGCAGCAGACUUCCUUGCCCUCAUAAGAUAGACUGCUUUAUUUCCAGACCCACUGAAAAGACCAUCUUUCUUCUGAUAAUGUAUGGUGUCACAGGCCUUUGCCUGUUGCUUAACAUUUGGGAGAUGCUUCAUUUAGGAUUUGGGACAAUUCGAGACUCACUAAACAGUAAAAGGAGGGAACUGGAAGAUCCGGGUGCUUAUAAUUAUCCUUUCACUUGGAACACACCAUCUGCUCCCCCUGGCUAUAACAUUGCCGUCAAACCAGAUCAAAUCCAGUACACCGAACUGUCCAACGCUAAGAUUGCCUACAAGCAAAACAAGGCCAACAUCGCCCAGGAACAACAGUACGGCAGCCAUGAGGACAACCUCCCAGCUGACCUGGAGACUCUGCAGAGGGAAAUCAAAAUGGCUCAGGAACGCCUGGAUCUGGCAAUCCAGGCCUACAGUCACCAAAACAACCCCCAUGGUCCCCGGGACAAAAAAGCCAAAGUGGGGUCCAAGGCUGGGUCCAACAAAAGCAGUGCUAGUAGCAAAUCGGGGGAUGGGAAGACCUCCGUCUGGAUUUAACCUUGGCUGGGCUUAAAACUUGUGCUUUUCAUAGUUCACGGUAAGCAGCGGCUCACGGAAUAACGACUUCCACUGAGUAAACAUUCAGCUCUGGUUAUUUUCAGGGAUGCUGUUGGCUCAUGAUCCAAGCUCAGGGGACUCUGAAGUGGGGGCUGGGACAGGGGGAAAGAACGGGAAACACAGUGUUCCUGGACACAUGUUCCAGCAAUAAUACAGUUGCAGAACUUUACAUUUGCGUCUUCCAGAUCUGGAAAAGAACAGAUAUAUUUAAAUCAUUCUUGUUGAACAGUUUUUGUAUGUACAGUAUUAUGGUACUUUUUUUUUUUAGUAUGAGAACUUUUCUUUGUAUUUGUAUAUUGGACCACUGUAGUUAUACUUUUAUAUUAAAGGGGAAAUAAUUCUUAAGGUAAUGCCUA